AUGGCUGACCCCUCCAAUGAUGCGUCCAUUGAGGACAUCAUGGAGGAUCUUCAACUUCACGAAGUCAUCCUGCAGAGCCUUGACGAACAGCGCCCGGACGCCGUCGAAGAACGACAAGAGAUCCUCGACACCAUUAAAUCCUUGCAAUCGCAACUGGCCCGACGUCGCGGUGAACCAUCGCCAAAACCGAGCCCGAACAAUAACUCAGCAACGCCAGCUCCUCCUGCCUCCGCGAUGCUAUCAGCAGCACAACUUGACGGCGCCUACGACGUGAGCCCGUUCGACGACUCCGCGCCACCGCCGCCUCGAUGGGGCCGGGACCAGUCCCCCAGCUUCACUCCAGCGCAACGAUCCCACGAUCUUUCUAUUCGGAAGCGUCGAUACACGGAUGAAUCCUCAGACGGCAUGCGACCGCGCAACAAGCGAAUUCAAAGCGACGCAUACCUCCCUCCUACAUCGAGUCAGCUUGACCAGUCCACGCAGGACGACAGCGACGAGUACGAUGGCGCAGACGACUUACGACAGCUACUGGGUCUGGAUGACGAGGAUACAAUGCUUGCAUUUCAAGAUGAGCAGAGGAAGGCAGAACAAUGGUUGAAGGAGCGGAAGGAGCAGGAACGGCGGGAUGAAGAGUAUGCGCGGAUGCUUCACGAUGGUCUGUUUGAGCGCCCGCGGGAACGAACACAAGAACAGCUGCGAGAGCUACCACGGCCUGCGUCUGCUCAGAGCUCGACAUGCACGUACUACUCCGGUUCUUCGCUUCCAUUUCCUGCGUCCCCCGCUCCGACUCCAGCUCCAGCCCAGGCUCAGGCCCCGACUCUGCCGGCGAUUGACCUGACUCGACUCUUCCAUCCCGCACAUGAAUCGUCAUCGGCGUUUCUGCGCAGUGUCUCCGAUCAUCAACCCAGACAUUUAAUGUCUAGUUUCAAUUCAAAUAAGGCCCCGCCAACCAAUCCCCAACUUCCGUCACUCAAGCAGGAGAAUGAUGACAGUGACAUCCAGGAAAUAACCCCAAGUGAUUUCUGGGCUUGUCCUCGAGGCUCCUCGUUUGCACGAAAUGAGCCACCGGGAAUGUGGACUCCUAGCAUGGGACUCUCGCCGAUGCCUCCAUACAAACAGAUGAGCCAAGCCUACAACUCUGUCUAUCAACCGGCGCCUGGUCCAAGUGCUUUUGAGGCAGGAUCUGGUCCUGGCCCAAUGUAUGGCCCCAAUGUCUUGCAGAAUACCAUGGCAAGGCUCAAUGCAGGACGUCAGUUACUAGAUCAAGCGGGGAGGUCUGUGUAUGGUGGAUUCCCGGGCACUCCUUUCAAGACUGAAGAUGCAAUCUCCCGUACCCUGGACUACGGGUUUAACAACCCAACUUUUGAUUCUCUUGGCUUCAAUGACCUUUAUGGAGACGGUGCAGACCCGAAGAAGACCGCGGAAGAGAUCAAACAGCUGCUUGAAAAUAUCAGACCUGAUAUGGAGUUAUCUAAGCAGAAUCGCGAGGGUACUCCGGAGGCCCUCAAGGUGACGCUAUUGGAGCACCAAAAGCUGGGAUUGGCCUGGAUGAAGUCGAUGGAAGACAGCGAAACGAGAGGCGGAAUCCUGGCCGACGACAUGGGUCUCGGGAAGACCAUCCAAGCGCUGGCCCUUAUGGUCUCACGCCAAUCGAGCAACCCUGAGUGCAAGUCGAACUUGGUCAUCGCUCCCGUUGCUUUGAUGCAGCAAUGGAAACGGGAAAUCGAGCGACUGCUACGACCCGGGCGGCAUCAGUUGUCCGUCUUUGUUCUACACGGUGAAAAACGAUCAACGAGUUUCAGAGACCUGAAAGAAUACGACGUGGUCCUCACCACUUUCGGAACGCUGGCGUCGGAGUAUAAACGCAAGGAACACUAUGAGCAGCUACACAAGCAGUCUGGAUCAAACGAGCCUUUGCCAACAGCCAUUGUCAACCAACUGCCGUGCCUAGGUCCUAAAAGUAAGUGGCAUCGGGUCAUCAUUGACGAGGCCCAGUGCAUCAAGAACCGAAACACCAAGGCUGCGCUGGCUGCUUGCCAGCUGGAUUCCACGCAUCGGUGGUGUAUGAGUGGUACGCCGAUGAUGAACAACGUGGAGGAGUUGCAUUCGCUGCUGAGGUUCCUACGCAUUCGCCCUUACUCCAACCUGGAACGAUUCAACCGUGAAUUCACGAGGCCGCUCAUAAAGGGCCCAGAGUCGGCGCGAAACAAGGCCAUGAGACAGCUUCAAGUCCUGCUCAAGGCAGUCCUUCUGCGACGAACCAAGUACUCCAAGAUUGACGGAAAGCCUAUUCUGCAGCUACCCCCGCGAGUUUCAGAAAAGGUGUAUGGGAUUUUCAGCGAGGACGAACGAGAACUGUACACUUCUCUGGAGACUCAAACGCAAGUCACCUUCAACAAAUACCUGAAGGCCGGCACGGUUGGACGGAAUUACUCCAGCAUUCUUGUCCUGUUGUUGCGACUUCGCCAAGCCUGCUGCCAUCCGCAUCUGAUGUCGGAUUUCAGCGUCAACGUCGAGACAAAUGCAAACACGAACGAAGUUGAUCUGGUCGCGAAUGCCAAAGCGUUCCCCAGUGAGGUUGUGAUUCGUUUGAAGGAUAACCAGGAGCUUGAGUGUCCGAUUUGUAUCGAUGCUGUUGAUAAUCCUAUCAUUUUCUUCCCUUGUGGACACAGUACCUGUGCGGAGUGCUUUUCGAGGAUCUCGGAUCCAUCUCAGGCUGUGCGACACGGUGUUGAUGGGUCUAUCGAGGUGAAAUGUCCGAACUGCCGUGGCAAAGUCGAUACCAAGAAGAUCACCGAUCACGUUACGUUCAACAAAGUCCACUUCCCGGAUGUCUCUGAUGAGACUGAGGAGGUUGCACCUGAGAAGUCCGUUGCGGAGGAAGACCCCGAUGAGACCGAUAGCGAGAGCGAGAGCGAUGGCGAGGAUCUUUCCAAGUUUAUCGUCAAGGACAACGGCUUUGGCUACUCUGACAAGGACAAGGGCAAAGGCAAGGGGAGGAAGACCAAGAAACCCAAGAAGACCCUCGCCGAGCUGAAGAAGGAAGGUAUGCGCAACCAGAAGGCCAAGCGCAAGUACCUCCGCCGCCUCGAAAAGAACUGGGUUUCUAGCGCUAAAAUCGACAAAACCAUGGAAAUCCUGCAGGCAAUUGAGGACCGCCAAGAAGGCGAGAAGACAAUCAUCUUUUCUCAGUUCACCUCCCUUCUGGAUCUGCUCGAAGUCCCCAUUGCCCGACGUGGCUGGAACUACCGCCGCUACGACGGCAGCAUGCGACCCCCGGACCGCAAUGCCGCCGUCCUCGACUUCACCGACCAACCGGACUGCAAGAUCAUGCUUGUGUCGCUGAAAGCCGGAAACUCGGGCCUGAACCUCGUUGCCGCCUCGCAGGUCAUCGUCUUCGAUCCCUUCUGGAACCCGUAUAUUGAGGAGCAGGCGAUUGAUCGCGCGCAUCGCAUUGGACAACAGCGCGAGGUACAAGUCCAUCGGAUUUUGGUUGAGAAGACUGUUGAAGACCGAAUCUUGGAAUUGCAGGAUAAGAAGCGUGAGCUGAUCGAGGGUGCGCUGGAUGAGAAUGCGUCAAAAAAUGUGUCGAGGCUGGGGACUAGGGAGUUGGGAUAUUUAUUCGGUGUCAACACUUGA